AAAAUAUGUUUUAGUCAUAUUAAAUCCAAGUCGAGGUCUCAGUGGACCCCAGGGUUUGGAUAGCCGGCUGCGACCGUGCUGAUACAUCUUUCUUGAGUUUUUGAGAUCAGCUUAUUUUAACUUAAUACAUAUAUACCGCCUUACCCAAGGUUCAAAAAACUCGGUGGGGAAUAAUUGCAGAAAUAUAAAGGUCACCUAACUUCGGCUCUUAAAAGCAGUCUUGGUGAUACUAACAGUCCCGAUUUUCCGCUCUGAAAAAGCCUUCCCAAUGAUUGCCAACUUAGUACGCCGAACGUGUGAAUAACGUUAUAAAUUACUUGCUAGGUGGCAACAAUAUAAAUGGUCUAAAACCUUCUCAAAAGAUGUGUCUUGCAAAACCAUAUAUUUUUUUGAAAUCAAUCUAGUAGAUAUCUCUGGAGCUUCUAUGUAAAAUUCAACGUUCUGCAAGUGAUUCGGCCAUCCAGCUUUGUUGUUUCAGCAGUGCAGGGAUUCAAGUUAGAGAGGCUGUUGUCAGAAUUUUGAGAGGAUUUUAAGCCUCCGUGUCUGUUGUCAAGCAAAGCUGAAGCACAAUUCUCUUUAUAGAAUUAGAAAUAUUAUUCUGGCGGAUAUUAUUCUGACGAAAACAGAUGAUACGCUCGCCGACGACUCCAAAUAAUGGGCAUAACGUUUUAUAGAGGCCAGAACUUAAUGUUUAUAGUUGAUGGUGUAGGUGUGACUGAAAAGCUACUGUUAAAUCUAAGAAGCAAAAUGUAUAGAAACUGUAGCUUGUCGCGUCGGUGUGACUCCAAAUUUAAUCUGAAUAAGGGAAAAAGAUUGGAAGACAGAAAAAGCUAGCACGCUGUGAGGCUAAAUACCAUACCCAAGGGCAUGUUAUCAUAACAACACAUAUUUUUGUCACGGUAACUGCGCAGAGAGGCGAUAACUACGCCUUUUGUUAAACAAAUCAAAAGCAAAGUUGAGUGACAAACACAGAUCACGACCACCAAGCAGGCUUAAAAUAUAGGUCAGCUGCAGCAUAUAUUAGGCUUGUACUGGACUGUGCUCGCGCCCGCUGUUUGAAAAGAACGUGCGAACGAUUGUGGCCACAGACUGGUAACCGAAGAGCGCUCGCCUGUUUACUGAAGCCAAAACAAAACGGAAAAGGUGACUUAAUUUGCAUUCUCGACCUUGGGUAUAGAGCAAUUCAUAAACAACGCUUCAGCUAUUCCGAAUCAGUUUUUCCGGAAACCUUUGCGAGAAGAGUUGUAUUAAAUACGGGUAAAGUGUCUGAUAUUCAGAUUUUUUACAAGCUCUCUUCGUCGAACUGUUCAUGGAAGUCGCCUUCUACAACUACACAGCAAUACACGUGUAACAAUGGCAUCAAAUGCUAUCGAAACAUUUGAAGUUAAACUUGACGAGACGAAUCGCGUAUUUUUUCCUGGUGACACUGUAAGUGGGCGAGUAAAUUUGAAACUUAACGACGAUUUAAAGAUCAAGGAAAUGCGACUCGAAUGUCUCGGUGAAGCGUACGUGAAUUGGCCAGAAUACUCAGGCAGCUACACUCGAUACCAUUACAACAAAGAGCGAUAUUUCAGCACUAUGGCUGUCAUUUUUGGCGAAGGAAAAGAAAAGAAAAAUGGCAUGAACUCGGUUGCUUGGAUCUCUGAAGGAAGUUAUCGUUUCUCAUUCAAGUUCAUCAUACCCGACAAAUAUCUUCCCACUUCCUUUGAAGGUCGCCAUGGUAACAUUCGAUACUGGGCUCGCGCUGUGAUUGAAAGAAGACUGGGUAAGAGUGACAUAAAGACUAAGCCAGCGCAGUUUCUGAUUGGUGAUUACGUGGCACUGGAGGACUUUGAUCAUGUUUCGGACGUUGUAAUUGAAGAAGACUCGCACACAACAGGAUGGCCAUGCUUUAGAUCCGGGACUUUGGCACUUAGGGCUGAGCUCGACCGAGGUGGCUUCCAACAAGGCGAUGACAUUAAUUUGUCUGUAUUGGUUACAAACGAGACAUCACGUGAUGUAGCAUAUACUGAAGUGUCUCUUGUUCAGCGAACUCUGUUUGUUGGUAUUGAAGGUGGCAAGACCUUCAGUGACCAGACGAUAUGUUAUGUUAGAAAAGAAGGCGUUCCAAGCGGAUGGGAGCAAGAAUUUCCCAAAAUAUCACUGGCUAUUCCGCCCAAAACCUUCCCUACUCUUAUUUCUUGCAAGUGUAUAGCGGUUCUUUAUUUCAUUCUGGUCAGAGCAAAGCUGAAAGGAAAGUUCACAAAGGACGGUUACCUUGAAAUUCCAGUUGUCAUUGCUUGCUCCGCUGACGAAUCAGAAGUUCCCGCUCAGAAAGAAGCACAAGUUAAGCCUGCGUCCCGGCGUCCAAAACGGAGAAAAGGGACAUUUUUCUGCGUCACAGGAAAGACCUCCUUAAUGGGGGACCUUAAUGAUUUAAACUUACAAUUUUGGGAUCAAAACGAAGGAGAUAAUUUUAUUGUCAACCCCAUGUCCCGACGUGUUAAGAACCUCGAAGGUAAUUUUACAGAUAUUCUUAAUCAGUAUGAUUUGACGAAUUCUUAUCGCGAAAUUGCAACUAGAAAAGAAUCUGAUACAACGCAUUUUUUAAAUAAUGGUGGAUUUAAGCUCAUAAGUAUAGUCUGACUGGACGACAAAAUAAUAAUCGAUUUUAAUGUGGGACAUCAAUCAGAUUUCAAAAUUAUUGCACUAGAGUUUCAUCGACCGAACUUUGUACUACACAUGAAAUUGGAAGUCGAAGACGAAAGACUUUGACAAAUAGUUUUCCGUCCUUUAAGGCUGGUUCUCAUUAGCGCAUUUAAGCAUAAGCAUAAGCAUAAGCCGACAUAGACAGUUCCAGUAAUUUGUUGAUAAUUAGCGCCUUUUUUGGGGGAAAAUUCGUUGCAAAAGGUGCCGCGUCUGUGUACGUCGGUGUAUGCUUAUGCGCUAGUGAAUACCACCAGCCUUAAGAAGUGCCACACUGAGUUCGAUUGUUUAGAACCUGAAAUGUUACUAAUAGAUCAAGUUCGAUAUAUCAAUAUUCUAAAUAACAUGGUUCCGAGACUUUCGUGACAAAAUUGUAAACUUUUUAAGUUUCGUUUGUCUCUCAAUUCCCAAAAGAGAUUUGAAUACAAAGAAAAUAACACCAAAUAUAGACGUUGUCCUGAAAGCCUUGGAGCCAUGUUAAAAUAUUGAUAUAUCGAUCGUAACCUAUUAGAGACUUGUCACCAUCUCUCAAUGUCCAACCAGACUCAAUCAGAGCAAAACCUAUUUACGUGUCAUUGCGUGUUAAAUAAUUACUUAAUAUGUUUAUCUUUUUCUGACAGUUUAUUUUUUAUCUUUUUGAACUUGAAAUUGGUGUGAUGACGACUCUGAAACGUCGUUAGUUUUAUCAUAAAUUGUCACUUGCUUGUGCAUUACAAAACCUUUGCUUAUAAAGCAAAGAUAUCUCAAAUAAGUGUUAUAAGCUCUGCUUAUAGGUUUAAUAGAAAUAAUCCAAAUUUUCAAGAAUUCCGCAAUGAUUUGUCAUUUCGUUAAUGGCAAGUUAAAAAUAGUUACUUGAAGUCUAGUAUCUAGAUUAUUCAUUUAUACUGUACGUACAUGUUUACUUAAGCUUGCCUUAUAUAAUAGCUACACGUGAAAAUAAUCACCCUAGGUUAACUAUAUCACAAAGACUACGAGGAAACAAGCAGACUUUAUUAAGCUCAGAUACUACCUCAUCUCUCCCAACACCCAAGUCAGCAGCGUAAUAGCUGUUGAAAACUCUACACAAAGAAAAAAAAAUCAAGAUAAAAAUUCAAAUGCAACGUACCUUCUGGGGCUGUUGUCGCUGAUCCACACACCCGAGUAUAAAUACAACGUCGAGGACAACGUGGAAUUGAAAAAAAAUAAUUGAAUUUAAUUAUAUUACGGUGCUCGCACAUUUGCUUGUUUUGCUGUCGAAUUUCUAAAAUGAGCCCAAUUUAGUUGAUAGACAUAUUUUUACCCAACAUGGAGGAUAUGUGAACCAUAUCGUUAUUUAAGUAUAGGUUUAUAGUAAUAAUUAACAAUCAGUCGCCUCAGGCUAAUUGUACAUUGACGAAUAUUUACUGAGACGUAGAUUCAAAUAAACGAAAAUUUCAUUCAGCAA